AUGUUGGUCGGGUCCAGCCUGAAGACAGCGGCAGCGCUCUGUGCGCUUCUGGCGCUGUCGCUGCAGCCGAGCCUCACCGAUGCUCCGCCCGCCCCUGAGGCACCAACGGAUGCACCGACGUCCAAGCCGAAGUCCGAUUCGGGUCCUCACGACACGGAAGACCUGCCUGACUACGAGUGGUACUGGAAACACAGCGAGGCCUCCAUGUUCUCGCAGGACAGCGGCAUUUUCAAGUCCUUCAAGCCCAACGACACGGACAUGACGUGCUCGUUGGACACGCACGCCACGCCCUUCAACAAGCAAGUGCGCGGUGUCAACCUGGGCGGCUGGCUCGUACUGGAGCCGUGGAUCACGCCCACGCUCUUCUACCAGUUCCUCAACACCCAGCAGAGAUUCGGUGACAAGGCUCCGGGGAAGACAGCCAUGGACAUGCACACGUUCUGCACGGCACUGGACAAGGAGGAAGCCAACCGUCAACUGCGUAUCCACUAUGACAACUGGGUCACGGAGAAGGACAUCGCCGAGCUGGCUGCUGCAGGCGUCAACUCGCUGCGUGUGCCGGUCGGUGACUGGAUGUUCAACCCGUACGAGCCCUUUGCUGGCUGCACGGACGGUGCCGUCGAGGCGCUGGACCGCGUGGCCGACUUGGCUCUCAAGUACGACCUCGAAAUCCUUCUGGAUAUCCACGGCUUGAUUGGCUCGCAGAACGGCUUCGACAACAGUGGCAAAUCGUCGAAUGUCAAGUGGACGUCCAUUGCCAGCACGCAGCCUGUGGGCACCACGACGUUCGAGCACUGGCCUAUCCGUCAAGCUGAAUGGGCUGGUACUUUUGACGUGGAGAACCACAACUACUCGAGCAUCAACUACGCCAACCUGAACCACUCCAUUGUGGCCGUGGAGGCUAUUAUCAACCGCUACAAGGGCCACAAGGCUAUCAUGGGUCUCGAGCCGGUGAACGAGCCAUGGGAACUCACUCCUAUUAAGGUGCUGAAGCGGUACUACUGGAAGUCCUACAAACGUGUGAAGGUGUUGGCUCCCUCGUGGAAAUUCGUCAUCCACGACUCGUUCCGCUUCGGUCUGCAGUUCUGGGCCAAGUUCCUCAAGGGCUGCCCCGAUAUCGCUCUGGACACGCACAUCUACCAGGCCUGGAACCCUCCUGGAACGGUUGCAGACUUCUUCUCCAACGCUUGUCAGCAGAAAUAUGUCAUCAGUGACAUGGAGAACGCCAUGAUGCCGGUGAUUGUCGGCGAGUGGUCUAUUGGCACGGACAAUUGCGCCAUGUGGCUCAACGGCUUCAACGACAACUUGCCUGGCUUCCCUAAGGUGCAGUGCCACAUGAUAGACUGCCCGGUCAACAGUACGUACCUCGGCGACGGCUUCCCGGGCACUCCUUUGGACAAGACCAAGCCGAUCCAGGGUCCAUACGGCACUGGCAUGUCUGGUCCGUCCUUCGGUAAGUGUCCCGUUACCAGUCAGGACUCGUUCCACCAAGACGACGACGCGGCGUUGACCAAGUCGCUGACUCUGAAGAAGCUCAAUGGCUUCGCUAAUGGCCACGGCUGGUACUUCUGGAACUUCAAGACGGAGUUUGCGACCAAGUGGAGCUUCCUGGACCUAUGGCGUAUGGGCGCCUUCCCCAAGAACGUGUCGGACUACCACGAGAGCGAUGGAGUGGAGAGAGCGUGUGUGAAGGAAGACAGAGGCGAGUUCGUCUGCCGUGCCAAGCGUGGAGUCAAGGAGUUCGAGCUCAAGAGCGGCCUCGCGUUCGCGUGCAACUUCCCGGAGAUCGACUGCUCGGACAUCAAGAAGCGCUUCCUCACUCUGGAGGAGCAGUGCGACUGGGCCUUCAACCAGUACUGGCACCUCAACCGCCAAAACGGAGCGACCUGCGAUUUCGGUGGUGCCGGCCACCUCCUCACUAAGACGGGCCACUUGCUCGUGUCGGUGGCCAAGUGGAGCAUUGCCGCCAUCUUGGGCGUCAUUGCGCUCGCCCUGGUGGCUGUUGCCGGUGCGAUCUUUGCAGUUGUGCGCUGGCGCCAGAACCGUGUGCGUCGUCACUACUCGCCCAUUGGCGGCCGCGCGUAA